CAAGUCUUCACGAGAAUUCUUUGCCAGUCACCUAUGAAGCUCCUGAUUUUAAAGUUGCACUUCUGCAAUGAAGAAAAGGAGACGGCUCGCUGCAAAUCUAAACGAAAAGGUUCAUCUUGGCCACGAGAAAGAUACUUCAGAACAGAUUCUUGUAGUAGACUGUGCACAAGAAAUUGUCUCAAAGGCUGCAGAAAUAGCUCCUGCAGAUCAGCUUGAAUCUUCCCAAGAACUUUCACCAUCAUCAGAACAAAGAAAGCUCCUAAGCUCAUUGCAGUAUAACAAAAAUCUACUGAAAUACUUAAAUGAUGAUAGACAGAAACAUCCAUCAUUUUGUGAUUUACUCAUAAUUGUAGAAGGAAAAGAAUUUAGUGCUCACAAAGUUGUAGUGGCUGUUGGGAGUAGUUAUUUUCAUGCUUGUUUGAGCAAAAAUCCAAGCACUGAUGUUGUCACAUUAGAUCAUGUAACUCAUUCUGUCUUUCAGCAUUUGCUUGAGUUCCUCUACACCUCUGAGUUUUUUGUAUAUAAAAAUGAAAUUCCAUUAGUGCUGGAAGCAGCAAAAUUUUUAGAUAUCAUAGAUGCAGUGAAGUUACUAAAUAAUGAAAGUGUUUCUAACGUACAGACUGAUGUGGUAACUGAUGCAUCUACACCAGUAGAAACACUCAAUGAACUGACAGGUAAACUAUUAAAUAGCCAUCAGUGCACUUUUUGUGGUCGAAGUUUCUGUUACAAGAAGUCCUUAGAAAAUCAUUUGGCUAAAACCCACAGAUCCCUUUCACUGGAAAGAAAACAUGGGUUAAAAAUGGUUGAGAAGGCCGACUUUUCCACUAGACGUUCUAUGAGAAACCGUAAAUGUCCAGCUAAAUUUGAUAACAGUGACAAUGAAAGCGGGGAUGCCUCUGACAGCAAUUUGGAAAAAGUCAGUUCUGACAAGGAAACAUCUGAUAGAAGCGAAUUUGAAGACAGUGAAAGUGAAUGCAAUGCUGAUGAAGAGGGACAGGAAGAGGAAAUGUCAGGUGAAGAUUCAGACUCUGAAGAACAAAGUGAAAAAGAACAGAAUGAUGCUGAAGAGAGUUCUGAGGCAGUUGAUUCAAUGGGAAGUAUUCCUGAAGGCUUAGCUCCAGUCAUCAUUCAAAGCAGUAGCAAAAAACUACUGCAGUGUCCCAAGUGUGACAAAAAAUUUGAUCGAAUAGGCAAAUACGAGAGCCAUACACGUGUGCACACGGGUGAGAAGCCUUUUGAGUGUGAUAUAUGUCAUCAGCGCUAUUCAACGAAGUCCAACCUGACAGUGCACAGAAAGAAACACUCCAGUGAUACUGACUUUCAUAAAAAGGAACACAAAUGUCCCUAUUGCAAUAAGCUGCAUGCAAGCAAAAAGACUUUAGCAAAGCACGUGAAGAGGUUUCAUCCAGAGAAUGUACAAGAAUUUCUUUCUAUCAAGAAGACAAAGAGUGAAGGUUGGAAAUGUGAUAUUUGUAAGAAAUCUUUCACUCGAAGACCUCAUUUAGAAGAGCAUAUGAUCCUUCACUCUCAGGAUAAACCCUUUAAGUGUACCUACUGUGAAGAGCACUUUAAAUCACGAUUUGCAAGACUGAAACAUCAAGAAAAAUUCCAUCUCGGGCCUUUUCCUUGUGAUAUUUGUGGCCGUCAAUUCAAUGAUACAGGAAAUCUGAAACGCCAUAUAGAAUGUACUCAUGGAGGAAAGAGAAAAUGGACAUGUUUCAUCUGUGGAAAAUCCGUUAGGGAACGAACAACUUUGAAAGAACAUCUGAGAAUUCACAGUGGAGAGAAGCCUCAUCUUUGUAGUAUUUGUGGGCAGAGUUUUCGUCAUGGAAGCUCUUACAGACUUCAUCUGAGAGUCCACCAUGAUGACAAGAGAUAUGAAUGCGAAGAAUGUGGGAAAACAUUUAUUCGACAUGACCAUCUGACAAAACACAAAAAAAUACACUCAGGUGAAAAAGCACAUCAGUGUGAGGAAUGUGGAAAGUGUUUUGGUCGUAGAGAUCACCUUACUGUUCAUUAUAAAAGUGUACAUCUAGGAGAAAAAGUUUGGCAGAAAUAUAAAGCAACGUUUCACCAGUGUGAAGUCUGUAAGAAAGUUUUUAAAGGGAAAUCAAGUUUGGAAAUGCAUUUUAGGACGCAUUCAGGCGAGAAACCGUACAAAUGUCAAAUCUGUAAUCAGUCUUUUAGAAUUAAGAAGACGUUAACAAAACACAUGGUUAUUCAUUCAGAUGCUCGACCUUUUAAUUGCCAACACUGCAAUGCAACAUUUAAACGAAAAGACAAGCUGAAAUAUCAUAUCGAUCAUGUUCAUGGAUCAAAGGCUGCAGAAGAGGCAUUGACAUCUUCUUCAGAGGAAAAGCUAGUCUCCUUACCAGUGCAGUACACCUCUGAUGACAAAGUUUACCAAACUGAGGCUAAAGACUACGUGGAACAGUCCAAAGCAUAUCAAUCAGAAGCCAAAACUUUGCUACAGAAUGUAUCUACAGAAGUAUGUGUGCCUGUAACUCUGGUACCAGUUCAAAUGCCUGAUCCGCAAGCUGAUUUAGUACAGCAUACUACUCAGUCACAUGGCAUUCUUCCUCCACAACCCGAGCAGACAGAUUAUCAACGAGCAACAGAUCUGUCAUUUCUAGAGAAAUAUACUCUAACUCCACAACCCGCAAAUAUUGUUCAUCCUGUAAGGCCUGAGCAAAUGUUGGAUCCUAGAGACCAGUCAUAUCUUGGAACUUUAUUGGGGCUAGAUACAGCUCCUACUGUACAGAAUAUUUCAAACAAUGAACAUUCAUGAUCAGACCAUAACAUUCCACCCAAUUUACUAAGCCGUUAGCCAACAGAAGGCUGAUAAGGCAAUUAAGAUUUAUAUUUUAUAUUUUAUUUGGACUCAUGAGUCUUCUGCGUAGUUUUGGAAAAUCAGGUUU